AUGCACGCCACUCUCCGUGUAUCGUCUGGCACGCGCGCGACCACGACCGUGGCCACUUCGUCCAGGGUUCGGCUGCCUCGUCUUCCAGUCCCAGACCUCCACAGGACACUCCAAGGCUACCUAACAUCUCUCGAACCGUUCCUCCUCGAGGAUGACGCGAAGGGUGUGUCCAAGUAUUCAGAUGCUCUCGCCGUGCGCAAGCGAUGGGCAGAGGACUUUGAGCACGGACUUGGAAGCGUGCUACAGGAACGUCUAAAAGUCUCAACCGCAGAAGCACUUGAUAGGGUCUCGCCUAACAAUUGGCUAGAUGACAACAUCUGGCUGAAGAAAGCGUACCACGAGUGGCGCGCACCACUGCUCGUUAAUUCAAACUGGUGGCUGGCCGUGAAGUAUGACCAGAGCGUUCCCGAGGAGAUCAUUCGUGGGACAGCUGCCGGAGAGGACAUCGGAGGGACAGGCCUGAACAAAUGGCAGAUCCGAAGGGCUGCCUGGUUCUCCUGGCGUGUAUUGGACUUCAAAGCCCAACUGCAGAGGCAGGAGAUUUACCCUGACUCGACCAAAACUGGCGUAUGGUUCCGCACGUCCACCGACAGGAUAUACAACACCUGUCGCAUUCCUCGGCCUGUAUGCGACGAAUUUGCAGAGGUCCCUCCGCCUACCCUGUCGUCGGCACGCACCUUGCUGGUCGCCAUACGCGACUGGUUCUAUAUCCUGGACGUAGUAGAUGAACACCAAAGCCUCGUAUCGCCGGCGGAACUUGUAUAUACGCUCCACGAAGUUGUCGAGGACGUGUCCCGAAGGCUGAAGCAAGGAGACGUCGCCGUUCCAAUCUCGGUCCUCAGCGCGGACCAUAGAGACCGAUGGACAGAGAACUAUGCACACCUUCUGACGCUGUCGCCUCAAAACCGCGAUAAUCUUACGGCCAUAAACCAUUCUAUCAUCGGCCUCAGUUUAGAUAACUACACCUACACCCUUCCGUCGCAACCCCCUCACGGACCACUGCCCCCUCCGGACUCUGCAGAAGAAGUCGAAGCACACCUGCAUAACAUUCGCUCCUCGCACACCGCGCACCCAGGUCGGAAUCGCUGGCAUGACAAGCCGCUAACUCUCAUCGUCGAGUCAAACACGCGUGCGGGUGCGAUGGGUGAGCAUUCCCCUGUGGACGCUCUUGUUCCCAGCAUUGUCUGCGACUAUGGUGCGGUUCAGGACAUGCACGACGAUUUCUUCAGAGGCCCUCCACCUAGAGCUGUAGAGUCUACUGACGUCCCGCUUCGUCGUUGGAGGAGACUCGACUUCGUCGUGGAUGACCACAUACGGCGCGAAUGCGUCGAGGCUGAGGAACGUGCGCGUAAGAUUGUCGAGGACUCGGAUGACAGCUUCCUCUGGUUCAACGCGUACGGUUCCGAGUGGAUCAAGAAAGAAGCCCGUCUCUCGCCGGACGGAUACAUCCAAAUGGCAUUGCAGCUUGCCUGGUACCGCAUGCAGCGCUCCUUCACGGCAACAUACGAGACGGCAUUAGCUAGGUUAUUCCAGAACGGCAGGACGGAAACGAUACGUACGCUCAGCGCUGACAGCCGUGCUUGGGUGCUUGCAAUGAACGAGCCGUCGGUGUCGGCGCAAACGCGCUAUGCGCUCCUGCAAUCCGCUCUCCAAACACAUAGCAGCCUCACGCGUGCCGCCGCCAGAGGGCAUGGAAUAGAUCGCCAUCUCCUGGGCUUGCGCUGUAUGAUGCACGGGAGUGAGCAGCAUGAACUUUUCAGUGAUGAGCUCUUUGCACGCAGCCAGACAUGGAAGCUCAGUACAAGUGGUCUCAGUGCAGGUGACCAGUUCCGUGGCACUGGGUUUGGGUCACCAGAGCAUGAUGGAUAUGGUGUCAACUACAUGCUAGGUCCAGAGGUGAUUAAGUUUGGUAUUGAGUCUAAGUGGUCAUGCUCCAAGACAUCAACUGAGCUUUUCAAGGGUGCCCUUACCACUGCUCUUUUGGACAUGCAGAUAUUGUGCAUUGCUGCUUCUCAGACACAUAUCUAG